UUUCCCCCUUCUCCCUUUCCUCCUUCUCUUUCUCUUUUUCUCCUCCCUCUCCCUCUCCUUCUCUCUCAUCCUUCUUCUCAUCCUCGUCCUUCUCCUUCUCAUCCUCCUUUUUCCCCCCUUCUCCUCCUUUAUUCUUCUCCUUCCUUCCUUCCUUCUUUCACUCUACUUCCUCUUUUCUCUUCUCCGGCUUGCAAUGCAACAGCUGGGCCUCUGGAGGCGUCACGAGAAAGCUUGACGGAGCAUGCUCUCCUCAAUCAUCUACCGUGGGCUUAAAACUCGUGGAGAGUGUAGGCUAGGCCUCUCCGAAAGCCUUCCAUGAAAAUCCCCAAGGCCAGCGCAGAUAGGCUUCGGAGCAAGCUCUGAUGAGUAAGGGAGAGACCAGACGAGAAGGCUGCAUGAAGACGGAGCUGUUGAAAGACAUCACCAACAAUAAGGAAGAAGGAUUUAAUGCUAUGGCCGCCGGCGAUGGCGCCAUAGACAAGCAAGUUGGGGAACUCAAGAUGGCUCCUGACGGCGAGACCAACGGUUCCUUGGAGUGCAACGAAUUCAAGAGCCACCCCGGCGUAGCCAAGAACACUCAGGACAAUGCAAAAUUGAGCCAAGGGGACUCGGUGGCCAAGCUGAGCCGGAUAGCAGAAAAUGGAUUUUCCGAACGAGACGGGGAUGCUGGGAAGACGAACCACCUCAAAGCAGCAAACGACUUCACCCAGACCACGGUGACGGGCAGCAACGGGUACAUUUUGCCCAAGCAGAUGGCUCAGGACCUGCCCGUCAGGACUUCAAACAGUGGUUUUGCUGCUUUGCCGGGCCACGCCGCAAAGACGCUUCCUGCCGGAGGGAGCAAGGGGAGGACUUUGAGCCCCUUUAUGCAAGCACAGGGCGCUCUCCCGGCUAAGUUUGGAGACGGGGGCGGCAAGGACCUGGAAGCUAAAAAAACAGGCGGGAUCAAGGUGCACCGAGCCCGGAAGACAAUGCCCAAGUCUCCAUCUCACCUGCAUACCAACAAAGACCCCAAAGAAACAAGAACGCCUAAGGAAGACGGCAGCAAAGCCGUUAUGGAAUUCGGGAAGCCCGCUUCGCUCUCCUCCAUCUCCGGCCUUCAUUCAUCUCUACCUCAGAAUCAGAGCUACGUGGCCGCCUCAAAAUCACAGACAGCUACUUCAGUAUCUCGAAAGAAGAAACGAAGGAUGGGAACAUAUAGCCUGGUUCCCAAGAAGAAGACCAAAGUUUUAAAGCAGAGGACGGUGAUUGAGAUGUUCAAAAGCAUCGCUCAUUCUCCAGACGGCAAGGUUGAGAAGGACGACGGCAGCCGACACGUGAACGGGGAACGUUUAGAGGUUGAUUCCGAAGAAGACGACUCAGAUGAACUAGAGGAAGAAGAUGAACGUGGAGCCGAUCAGACCGCCACUUUUCCCGUGGAGGAGAACAGAACUGCUAACGACAGAGACACGACGGACAUUAGCAAUACCAGAAAGAUGGUGGACGGAGAGUCGGAGGAGGAACAAGAUUCUGCGGACUCCAUCGAAGAAGAAGAAGACGGCGACGAAUCGGACUUGGCCUCAGCAGAGGUCUGCUCUUGGUUGCCAGGUGCCAAGACCAAGGCGCGGUCCAAACAGGCAUGGCCAGAGCUGGAAGAAGCAGGACAGAAGCAGGCACGUAGCCCAGACAGACCCUGCCCAGGGCCAAGUUCUGCAGGAGGCAAGAGCUCCGAAUCCAGCCUCAAGAAGAAAAUGAUGAAGCGGAAAGGGAAAACGGAGAGCCCUUGGUUGAAACCUACCCGGAAACGGAGGCGGAGAAAUAAAAAGAAAAAACCCAACUUGAUAGGUUCUGACUCCUACAAGCCCCCCCCUCAGGGGAGCGAAGAAGGGGCUGGGCAGGAGGACAGCAUGGAGUACAUGGAGGUGCCUCUGCAUUCCUUGGAUCUGCGGGUGAAGGGGGUUCUCUCUUCGCAAUCAGAAGGUCUUUCUAAUGGUUCUGGAGCAAUGGAAACAGACAGUCUUCAAGAAGUGCCUCUCUGCAGCUGCCGGAUGGAAACCCCGAAAAGCCGAGAGAUCACCACGUUAGCGAACAACCAGUGCAUGGCCACGGAGAGUGUGGAUAAGGAGCUGAGCCGAUGCACCAACCGCGUGUUGAAAUACGAGCUGAUGCGCGCGUCGAACAAAGUCCAGCUCUUGGUGUUGUGCGAGGACCACAGAGGGAGGAUGGUGAAACAUCAGUGCUGUCCUGGCUGCGGCUUCUUUUGCCUGGCGGGCGCUUUCAUGGAGUGCCAGCCGGAAAGCGGUAUCUCUCACCGGUUCCACAAGGAGUGCACUUCCCACGUCAAAGGCAUGAGCUACUGCCCCCAUUGUGGGGAGGAGGCCUCCAAGGCGAAAGAGGUCACGGUGGCCAAGGCGGACACCACCUCCACCCUGCUGCUGACCUUGGAGCAGAAGAAACCAGGUGCUUUAGAAGGAAAGGCUGACACAACCACUGGAAGUUUCAGCGGCCCUGCAACCCAGCAACCGGAAGAAGUGAGAAGUGAGAACUUGUCCACCGAGGUGUUCGAUUUGGCUGGGACAUCGCUGUUUCCUAAGCCACCUCCAACUGGUUUACCCCAAGGGCCAGUUAAAGAAACGUUGGAGAGCGCCUUGAUUGCCUUGGAUUCAGAAAAACCCAAGAAAUUACGAUUUCACUCGAAGCAGCUGUACUUCUCAGCCAGGCAAGGGGAGCUUCAGAAGGUCCUCCUUAUGCUGGUGGACGGGAUCGAUCCCAACUUCAAAAUGGAGCACCAGAGUAAAAGGACGCCUCUUCAUGCAGCCGCAGAAUCGGGACACGUGGAGAUCUGUCACAUGCUACUUCAGGCUGGCGCUAACAUAGACACCUGUUCUCAGGACCAGAGGACUCCCCUUAUGGAAGCAGCAGAGAAUAACCAUCUGGAAACUGUGAAAUACCUCAUUAAGGCUGGAGCAUUGGUAGACCCCAAGGAUGCUGAAGGAUCCACCUGUUUGCACCUGGCAGCGAAGAAGGGCCAUUACGACGUGGUGCAGUACCUCCUGUCUAAUGAACAAACGGACGUCAACUGCCAAGAUGACGGAGGCUGGACGCCGAUGAUAUGGGCUACGGAGUACAAGCACGUGGAGCUGGUGAAGCUUCUCUUGGCCAAAGGCUCUGACAUCAACAUCCGAGAUAACGAGCAGAAUAUCUGUUUACACUGGGCUGCUUUUUCCGGCUGCGUCGACAUCGCCGAGAUUCUCCUGGCUGCUAAGUGCGACUUGCACGCGGUGAACAUUCACGGAGAUUCCCCGUUGCACAUCGCAGCCCGGGAGAACCGCUACGAAUGUGUAGUACUGUUCCUCUCCCGUGGCUCCGACGUGGCCCUGAAAAACAAGGAGGGCGAGACUCCGCUUCAGUGUUCGAGCCUCAACUCUCAAGUCUGGGUCACUUUGCAGAUGAACAAGACCCUGAAAGAAUCAGCUCCAGAGAAACCCGCCCAGGUGGAGAAGAUACUAAGCAGAGACAUCGCCCGGGGUUACGAGCGGAUCCCGAUUCCCUGCAUCAAUUCCGUCGAUGGCGAACCCUGCCCUGUCAACUACAAGUACAUUUCCCAAAACUGUGUGACUUCGCCCAUGAACGUGGACAGGAACAUCACUCAUUUGCAGUACUGUGUGUGCAUUGAUGACUGUUCCUCCAGCAAAUGCAUGUGUGGACAGCUGAGUAUGCGCUGCUGGUAUGACCGGGAUGGACGGCUGCUGCCAGAAUUCAACACGGCUGAACCUCCGCUAAUUUUCGAGUGUAACCAUGCCUGUUCCUGUUGGAGAAACUGCCGGAAUCGGGUGGUGCAAAACGGACUCCGGACCAGGUUGCAACUUUUCCGGACGAGGAAGAUGGGCUGGGGUGUGAGGACAAUGCAAGACAUUCCACUGGGGACCUUUGUGUGCGAAUACGUCGGGGAGCUGAUUUCUGACUCGGAGGCGAACGUCCGUGAGGAAGAUUGCUAUCUUUUCGACCUUGGCAACAAGGACAGGGACGUCUACUGCAUCGACGCUCGCUUCUACGGCAACGUCAGCCGCUUCAUUAACCACUUCUGCGAGCCCAACCUCAUCGCCGUGCGAGUCUUCAUGUCCCACCAGGAUCUGCGCUUCCCCAGAAUCGCCUUCUUCAGCAGCAGACACAUAGAGGCGGGAGAAGAAAUUGGGUUCGACUAUGGCGAGAGAUUCUGGAACAUUAAAGCCAAAUACUUCAGCUGUCUCUGCGACUCGCCGAAAUGCAGGCACUCGAGCGCCGUCCUGGCUCAGCGGCAGGCCAGUGCGGCGGCGGCGGCCGACGCCGCUGCUACCACCGCCACCGCUUCCUCGCAGGAGACCACCGAGAACAGACUCCCGGACACCAGUUCAGCUGCCUUGGCGCCCCCUCCUGCUUUGGGAGGCCUUCCCUGAAGAGCCCGAGCCCGGCUGUGACAUCAGAGACGAUGCUUUGCAUCGGUUUCGUUCUGCCCUUUUUCUCGGCGAGCCCGUGUCCGCCGUAACUGGUUCCCCUUUUGGAGUGUGUGGACGGUGGCGGCCCAGCUUCCUUCCUUCCCUCCCACCUUCCUUCCCUUCCCUCUCGCGACGUGGCAGGGGGAAGGCAGCCUCGCCGUGGCCCGCUCCGGGGUGGCAGAAGGAGGAUUCUCUCUCUCUCUCUCUCUCUCUCUCUCUCUCUCUUCCUUCCCCCACUUUUAAUGUGAUAAGUGUUCUCCAAGCCCCCUUCCCCUCCUCGUUGGAAACAAGGAACGUUGAAAUGGACGGCUCACAAACCCCGUCGCUCCCAGUUGGCGAGCGGGGGGGACAAACUCUGCGGAGAGUCUCGGAGAAUUGCGCCUGCUUUGGCACACAUCCGGGAAAGAUUUUUUUAAAUUUUAUUAUUAUUUUUUUUUGGCUUGCUGUUGAAUUUUCCCUCCCACCCACUCAUUUGCUGGCUGCCCGGGCUUUGGAACAGAGACGAGUUCGAUAAAUUCUGGAUUCGUCCCUCGGUCCCCCAGGUCAAGGGGAGCGAUCAUCUGGAAUUUCUCCGUUAUAUACCCCAGUCCUCGGGUACAGCUCCUCCUUACUCUAUCCCCGCAGCGUUAUUGUUCUUAUUAUUCUUAUUCUUAUUCUUAUUUUUAUUUUUUAACAUUUAAAAUAAUUUUAUUUUUAUUUUAUUUUUUUUCCUUCCCCGCCUCUUCCCUCUCGUGUAUAGGAAUCCUCUUUUCAAUGACACUAACUCCAAGAUCAGAAGAGGAAACUUUGGGGCGGGAGGUUUUCGGGGUGCGGCAUCCUUAAGGAGAAAAAAAAAAUGAUAUUCUUAAGAGACCCGUUUUUUUGGGGGGGGGCAUUUCUUAAUUCGAGGCUGGAGGAUUUUGCAAGCACCUGGAGAUUUUGUGCCAUUCCUGUUUCCUGGGAACCAGCCUCUAACUCUUUCCUCUUCGAAAGCUACCCGUUGCCGAAGUUGGAUCGCGCCGAGUUUAUUUUGUAAUCAAUUAGGGGUGGAGGGUGGGGGGGGUGGACAGCGGGAGGACGAGAGUUGGGGGUGUUGAACGGACGAGUCCCCUUCCUUCUCCCCCCUCCCCUCGGCGGCGUCCUCUUCCUCCUCCUCCUCCUCCUCCUCUUCCUCGCCCACCCACUCACCCACCCGAGCAAUUUCACGGUGCUGAAUUCUCUCUUUGCGAUUUUUACUCACUACGUGAAUAUAAAUUUCAGUUGUAUAAUAAAAAGGACAAAAAAAAAAACAAACAAACAAAAAAAGAGAAAAGAAAAGACAAAAAAAAAAAAGAACAAAGCGAUUUUAGUAUGAAACGCAGGGACAGAAAAAAAUAAAAAUAAAAACCCCAACCUAACCGGAUUUCCCCCCCCCUUUUUUUUAACCUCCCCUUCCCAAAUACGUUGUACGGUAGUGAGCAUAAAUGGGUCAUCGCCUUUUGCGUGAUGAUCGAAGAGGUCAUUUAAUUAUUAUUUUUCUUUUUUUUCCUUUCCUUUUUUUUUUUCCCACAUAUAUCUUUCAAUACUGUAAUUAGUGCAGUAUCAGGUUUUGGGGUCUUCCCCCCCUCCCCCUUUUAUUUUUUCUCUUGAUGCAACUCUUCUAAACCGUUCAUAUGACUGGGUGUUAUUUCUCUUUUUCUCUCUGUCUCUCUCCUUCCCUCCCCUCCGUUUCAUUCGUUUUCUGUUCAAUGUUUGGACAAGUUUUAAGGGGCGCACUGAAGGCCCCCCCACAGCUCUGUCAUUUCCUUGUUCUGUUUUCAAUGAGAUCAAUAAUAAUAAUAAAAAAAAGUGCUUUAAAAAAAAAAAA